AUGUCAACUUCUCCAAAUUUCCCCUUAUUAUAUCUCCCAAUUAUUGUCUUGAAUCAAGUUCUGAAAUUGAUGACUCCAUUCGAGUUAAUAGCUGUGUCACUGUGCAGUAAAACCAGUAAACGAUUGUGCAAAUCGAUACGAAGUGAGAUUCAAUGUGAAAAUGCGAAAGAUAUGUUUAUAAUGAGAUACUCGACUAGCACAACAGUAUGGCUGAGAUUCAAAUAUUUCCCAAAAAUCGAAUGGAUGUUCGAUGUGAGAAAAAUUCCGAAGGAGUUUAAAUUGAGGAAACCCAAGAAAAACUUUUUGCACAAAAUAUUGUCUCUCUUCCGGAAAAAAGAAAGGAAAAAUGAAGUCACUCCCACGAACAUAAUGAAUAUGUUUGCUACCGACUGGACUUCAAGCACAGAGAUAUUGCCCAAAGAAAACGUCACUAUCGAAUCUCUCAACAUGUACUGCUCAGAAGAGCCAUUGGCAUCCACUAUCAAUCCAGGGAUUCUAUACCUCUCUGAUAUCUUCAAUAUAUCUAUGGAUCAUGUUGAACUUCAUUUUCAAGAUUUCAACAGAGAGCAAAACGAGCGACUUAUUGAUUUCUACAAGCAACAAAACCUGAGAACACUCACUUUGGUUGGGAAACGAUUCAAUACAGCUGAAGAUGAUAAAGUGUUGGAUUAUAUUCUUUGUCGGCAGAAUCCCAAACUUAGAUUAAAGCUUGCGUUGGAGCCAACUUCCGAGUUCCGAUUUAAAAAUGAGUACUUCCGAAACCAUACGGAAGUAUUGGAGAUCAAUAACUCACAAUGGAUUGGGAUGGAUGAUGUUCUUCAACUGGAAUCAUUGCACAUCGAUUUGUAUAAAUCAAAAAUCGAAAGUUUAGCCAUGAAAAGUUUGAUUCAAAAAUGGGUCGACGGAUGGAUACCAAAGUGGCGGACUCUAAUGAUUGAGCACCCUGAAAAUGUGAAUAUCGAUUUAUAUGUAGAGGAAAUAGUUAGUGGUGAGAACAGCAACGCCGACGUGAAAAGCUUAAGAAAAGAAGCUGCGACCGUAAACUAUGUUCAACAUGUGCUGCUUCGAAAGGACGGACAUGCUGCAGUGGUGGCUGUAAAAGAUGAUAAAAUCGGAUGGUUUCAUGUUGUGGAGAAGGUUUUUCAGAAGGAUUUUUUAAUCGAUAAAAUCAGUGAGGAUGACAUUGGAUGA